AUGACGCCUACAGCUCGGAGAAACACGAAAGCAUGUGCCAGCUGCCACGUGCGCAAGGUCCGCUGCGACGUGGCCCGAGUCGGGUUUCCCUGCACGAAAUGUAGAGCAGACGAGUUCGAGUGUGUCACCCACAUCCGGAAAAGGAGAGAGACGAAAACAGAGAGAGCCAACAGUGAUAGGUCGCAGUGCGCCAUCCAACCUCAUCAGGCAAACUCUAUCCCCGAACACAUGAUGCGCUAUAAGUUUCCCUACUAUGCCUUCUUCAGGGGAUUUGCGCCCCGAGGUCACGCUUGGUUUCAGGCAAGGGAUCAGAAUCAUGGUGUGCUUCUACCGGUCCCCAUGCACGACCAGUCAGCCCCGUACAUCGUGGGGCUGAACGACAGGCCAGCUGAGGACAUCCAAUUCUUGAAAGCAAAGGGCGCCUUGGAUCUGCCAUCAAAGGAGGCCAUCGACAUUUUCGUUUCCGACUACUUUCGAUUAUUUCAUCCCUUCUUCCCCAUAAUAGACCGCCAGAAGUUCUUGAAGAGCCUCCGGGAGAGUCAUAAUGACUCAACAUCUUCUUGCCGCAGACCAAGUCUACUGCUGUUACAGGCCGUUAUAUUCACAGCCAGCUCUAGUGUUCCCGUUGAAACAAUCCACGCGAUCGGAUUCUCAAGCCGGAAGGAGGCACGCAAUGUCCUCCAUGGCAGGAUCAGACACCUGUAUAAUUUCAACUACGAACCAGAUGACGUUACCAAUAUUCAGGCCUUACUACUCAUGAGCCAUUACUUCCCGUCCAUGAUGGACCAGAAGCACACCUGGCUCUGGGUGCACCAAGCCAUCAGCUUGGCCCAAGGCGCCGGGCUGCACCGUGACUCUGGCCGAGCUACGCAGAAGAAGCUGUGGGCAAGAAUUUGGUGGGCGUGUCUUAUCCGGGACAGAUUAAUAGCUUUGGGAACAGGUCGUCCGAUGCAUAUUAACAGCCUCGACUGCAAUGUCCCGCAGCUGGUUUUAGCUGAUUUGCAAGAAGAAGGUGACGAACAAGAUGAUCUAAACGUAAAGGCAAUUUUUGUGGAAUUCGCUAAGCUCUGCCAGUACAUGGAAGGGAUACUCACCCUGCCACUGGCGAGUAGCGAGACACUCCCCAAGCAAUUGGAGCUUUGCCGAAAGACGCUGGCCCAUUGGUACACGCACCUCAACCCUGUUGCAUUGAGAUGCAUGACACGAGACAUUGACGAGGAGAGCGUGGGAGUAUUAGCCCUCUACAGGGGGGUUCUCCAUUUGAUCUACAAUACUCUACAACUGGCUCUCCAUCAUUCUGGCCGUGUCUUGCAAGACAAUCAAGCUUCCACUUCUCGUGUGCCCUCGCCCGAAGUCCAAGCAUUGGCCGAAGACUCUGCUCGGCUAGCGGAAGGCCUAAUGAAGCUUGAAAUGAUUGGGGCUCCAACAAUAUGCGUCACUUCUAUUCUUCCGCCAAUAGCGAUACAUCUACAGGGUCUGCGACUUAAAGGAGAAGACUGUGAAAAGAGGCAGUCAAAGAUCCAUUUCCAGACCUGCAUGCAGUUCCUCAAGAGGCUCGGUGAAGUGUAUUGGCACGCUAACUUUUACCAUGACAUAUUUGAACUUGCUGCGUCGACUCCCUUGUCAAGAGUGGUUACUGGAGCCAAAAACCCAAUACAAGCUACGGGAAGACGCUCACAGUUUGGUGAGAGGCUUCUCACAGACAGAAAUGAGAUGGGCAGAGAUAACUCCGACUCUCACGCAGGAUUGAGCACACUGACGACAAACGAAAUUGAGUUCGCUUUGUCGACUGAAUCUGCAAUGUCCAGCACUUUCUUCGGAUAUAAUGGGGACGAUUUGCAGGAUGUCAAUGCAGUAUUUGGAGACGAAUCUUUGGUAGAUGGUGAUUUACUUAACUCUUGGUUCGAUGAUAAUCUAUUUUUACAAAACAUAUUUCCAUUAGUUUAA